AUGUCGAAACAGCUACCCUUCAGCACCGUGGAGGUGAACCCCCGUAAUCACUUCUCGGCUCGAAGCCUUGCGUUGGCGAUAGCUAGUGCUGCUCUGUUAGUCACAGGUUACAAUCUUUCUCGUCAUUCAUGGUCGCUCGGAGUCCAAAAUCCCCUCGCCCCGGAUCAAAGUGACGCGGACAACCCCGCCCGCGUCAAAGCCUUCCAACAAUGCGCAAUCAACAACCUUCUCGAGACAGGACUACCGUUCAUGAAAGAUGUCGCGCCCGUCUCAGUUCCAGACUUUGAAGAGCGACGGGAUCGAUUGGCGCUAGCACUGGUCGCUGAGGGAGCCGAUGCAUUUGUGGUGGAACCGGGAUAUACAUUCAAGUACUAUGGCAACGUGAGCCAGCCCGAGUGGGAAGUGUGGGAGCCGGAAGAGCGUCCUUUUUUGAUGGUGAUACGCCCGUUCCACGACGAAGCCACGGGCAGCGUCAAGGCCAACACCACCUUCCUCUGCCCAUCCUUUGAGGCUGAACGUGCCCGUCUACUUGGAAUGCCCUUUUCCGAGGAAAUAUCAAUUGUUCCGUGGGAGGAGCACUGGAAUCCGUACACUACUCUCUGGCAAUCGGAUGUGUUCUUGACCCUCCGUCGACCAGCACGCCUGAUGGUGGACGAAGAAAUGCGAGACUUCAUCCAGCGCGGACUUGGAGCUGCGGGAUUCGAUGUAGUCGGUCUACAGGGCGAGGUUGAGGAAGUUCGACAGAUCAAAACUGCUCGGGAGGUUGAAAUUCUGCGCGCGGUCAAUACCGGAACUGUGGAGGCGGUGCGACAGAUGAGAAAAUGCCUCUACCCCGGAUUGACGGAGAAUGAAAUAGCUGCCGCCCUCGACGAUGCCCUUCGAGCCGCCGGGUUGGAUCCCUUUUUCGACAUUGUGCUUUUCGAUGAGAAUGCAUCCAACCCGCAUGGUGGAACUAAUGGGUCUAAGGUUUUGGAAGCCGAGACCUUUGUCUUGAUCGAUGUCGGUGCACACCUCUAUGGAUACUCGUCGGAUAUUUGCCGCACUUUCUUCCCUCCGUUCUUGCAGAAGCCUUCCGAAGGCAAUUUGGUUUCACGGCACAUGAGAGAGAAGCUGAAAGUUUGGGAUAUCGUUUUCGAGGCGCAAACUCGCUCAAUUGAUCAAAUGCGCGAGAAUAUGACCGCAGCCAGUGUAGACAUUGCGGCACGCGACGUGAUCAGUCAUGCUGGAUAUGGAGAAGCCUUUACGCAUUGUGUGGGGCAUGGUAUUGGGAUCAAAGCCCACGAAAGCCCGUAUAUGAACCAGGGGAAUACAGCAAGCUUGUUAAAAACUGGUAUGACUUUCACUUCGGAGCCCGGAAUCUAUCUAGUGGAUAAAUUCGGAGUAAGACAUGAAGAUGUGCUUCUCGUUCAGGAAGACGGAAACCCCCAGCUUCUCACAGGAAGCCGAGCCCGAGGCCCUUGGGAGCCAUGA